GUGCGAACGGUAAACUUCUCUCGAACGGUGCAAGCAAGGGAGCCGAAGAAAUUAACCCCUCGCAAAAGCGAAGUAGUCACAAAAUGGAGUUUGCGAACAAAGCGGUGAACGCGGCAGUGAAAGCGGCGAACAACAACACGGUGAUAAACGUAUGUUUGGUGGGGUUUUUCGCAGUGUUGAGCGUGAGAUCGGUGAGCCAGCAAAGGGACAUCGAAGCCCUGGAGGCCCACAAGGAUUCGCUUGCUCAGUCCAACAAGGCAAUGAAGAGGACCAUGUGGGAGUGGAAGCAACAGCUUUUCGCUGAAGCAUCCUCCAAUGACUCUCCCCUGGUUCCACUCUCCAGGCUCAAAGCCAUCUACGGCGAAGCCCCUGUUUCUCCCCAAAUUGGGGAUGCACUUACGGAAGAUGCAAGCUCAUCUGCCUCUAAAUUUGUAGUCUGAAGUCAUAUUUGCCAAUUUUUGGAGAUGCAAGAAA